AUGGAGCAGCAGUCCCGCAUGAAGAAGCAGUCGUGCAUGAAGCAGCAGUCCCGCAUGAAGCAACAGUCGGGCACAAAGCAGCAGUCCUGCACGAAGCAGCAGUCGGGCACAGAGCAGCAGUCCCGCAUGAAGCAGCAGUCGGGCACAGAGCAGCAGUCCCGCACGAAGCAGCAGCCGGGCACUGAGCAACAGUCCCUCACGAUGCAACAGUCGGGCACGAAGCAGCAGUCCCGCACGAAGCAGCAGUCGCGCACGAAGCAGCAGUCCCGCAAGAAGCAGCACAGUCGGGCACGAAGCAGCAGUCCCGCACGAAGCAGCAGUAGGGCACGAAGCAGCAGUCCCGCACGUAGCAGCAGUCGGGCACGGAGGAGCAGUCAUGCACGAAGCAGCAGUCGGGCACGAAGCAGCAGGCGGGCAUGGAGCAGCUGUCGCAUACGAAGCAGCAGUCCUCCACAUAGCAGCAGUCGGGCACGAAGCAGCAGUCCCGCACGAAGCAGCAGUCGGGCACGGAGCAGCAGUCCCGCAUGAAGCAGCAGUGGGGCAUGA